GGAAAAAGAUCGGCGGACGGUCGGAGCUCUGUUCAGAUAGCGAGAGAGAGAGAGAGAGAGAGAGAGAGAGAGAGAGAAGGAAACCAAUCUGCUUUCCGCCGGCGGGCCGAGAAGCGAAUUCGAAGUCUGAAAUCGUCAAUUUUGUUGUAGAGAGAGAGAGAGAGGGAGAGAGGGAGCUGAGAGGUGAUAAUGAAGACGACGAAGGGAGGGAAGGUCAUGAACCCUACGGAUGCGUACCGCAAGGAGCUCCGGAAGAAAGAAUUGAAACGGAACAAAAAGGAAAGGAAGAAAGUGAGGGAAGUUGGAAUUUUGAAAAAGGAUCCCGAGACACUUAAGGAUCAGAUUGACAAGCUGGAAAUGAUGAAGGCUGAUGGUGCUUUAGAUAAAGCAAGGAAGCAUAAGAAGAGGCAACUUGAAGACACACUUAACCUUGUUUUGAAGAAGAGAAAGGAAUAUGAAGAGAAGAUGCGUGAGAAGGGUGAAACUCCUGUCAUGUUCAGUCAUUUAGGGCCUCUGCGCAGGCGCACUAGUGCAGAAGAAGAGAGAGUGAAACACCCAAAGCCUGAGGACUCCGUGUACUACCACCCCACUCUUAAUCCUACUGGAGCUCCGCCACCCGGGAAGCCUCCAAUGUUUAAGUCAUCUAUAGGACCUCGGAUUCCAUUAUCUGAUUCUUCUGCCAGUACCAGUGCUGCUGAAUCAUCCUCUGUUCCAGGUUCGGAGGAUGCUUCUUUAGCUAUUCCCCCUCCUCCUCCACCACCUCCUCCUCCUCUCCCAGAUUCCAGUGAUACCUCUGCUUUACCUGUAUCUUUGCCUUUGCCUCCUCCCCCACCUUUGCCACCUAAGCCCCCUGUUGCCAGUGCCAGUACCUCGUUACCUCCACCACCACCAGGCCCCCCUCCUCCUCCUGGCCCGCCUCCUAACAAACAAAUAUCUGUCGGGCUUCCACUUCCUCCUCCGCCACCCUUGCCUCAAUCUGCUCAGCCACCUCCCCCUGGUAUGAGUGGAACUGACCAAGAAAGAAAUGCAUCGUCAUUGCCUGAUCAGUCAGCCUCCAAGGACACAGCCCAGGUAUCUCCCAUGCUUCCUUUACCACCACCUCCUCCUGGUUUGCCACCAAAACCAGCAACUAAUCACUCUGAAGGAACAUCUGAGAAUGACGCGAGCAACCUUUCGGACAAGAAGGAUAUGGGUAGGUUGGUCCCCCCACCACCACCACCUCCUGGGCCUAGACCUGCUGUAAUACCAACCUUACCACUUGACGUACUACCACCAGGAGUCUCAAGAUUCCCGCCUCCGCCGCCGCCGCCUAAUCCACUAUCUGCUCCUGGACUUGCCCCACAAGGAGCUCCACCUGGAAUUAUGGUUCCUCCUCUAAUCCCGAGGCCACCAUAUGGCCCUCCUCCAGGGCCCCCUCCUAUGAUGAGACCCCCUCUUCCACCUGGUCCUCCUCCUACAAUGCAAGAGGGAGACCUUGUGCCUCCUCAACCACCUUUUCCCCCUAAACCGUCGUAUGUGAAAUCUGCUGCCCCUACUGUUGUCAAAAGGCCACUUGCUCAGCACACUCCAGAACUUACAGCUAUGGUUCCUGCAUCAGUUCGGGUGAGGCGAGAGUCUGCACUCCCUAAAUCGAAGCCGAAGCCAUCCGUAUCAACCUCGGUAGCAGCUCCCUGUCCUUCGGCUCCUACAGUAGCAAAGUCAGAAGUUACUGGCUCGUCCUCUUCAGUGCCCAAGUCUCUGAGCAUUGACGACAACUACAUGGCAUUCUUAGAAGACAUGAAAGCACUUGGUGCUUUAGAUGGAUGAAUUCCAUUUCUGUAGACCAGAGCAAGGCAGAGGAGCACACCAUCCAUUCGCAUUAAUCGGGAAGGAAUUGCAUGCCUGCUAUUUAUCAUGCAGCCGAUGAUCCUGGCCGCUGUCAAAAUCCUCAGCUUCCUUCUGUUCAGCUGUUUCGAUGGGUCUUCACUUGAGAAAUUCAGUAGUGUGCAGACAGUAUUUCAGUUAUAAAGGAAGAGUAGGAAGAUGAUACUGAACUGCUGAUUUCAUUUAUUUGUAUUCAGGUUUUGGGAUCUCCCUGUAUCCGUUCAUCAGCAACUUGAGAACUGAGAUGAUAUAUAAUUGUAAUCCCGGUCUGUGCAUGUAUUUUGUCUGCACAAAUUCAUGCUGAAUGACAUGCAGCAUCUUAUAUAAUCGCAACUGUGCAGAUGAUCCGA